UCAAAUAAACAAAUUGAGCUAUAACUUAUUGGCCAAGUUCCCGUCUUCUUAAAGACAGUUAAUAGAACUACAUCCCGAGCUCAAAACCCUCUCUCUCUCUCUCUCAAUCAAUCUUUGGACUCCGUGAAGAGUGAAGAGAAGAUUGAAAACUUUUGGAAACAACUGCUUUUUGUUAAAUUAGUAAGAGAUUAGUAGCAUGAGAAAGCCUUGAAACUUGAAGCUCCCCACCCAUAUCCUCGAUUUUCCUCUCUGUCGUUGAAAUGUUAACACAUUUAUGUACUACAUGUUAAUUCUUUCCGUUCACCAACGCAAAUACCAGAAUCCCAUCGACCAGGUCAGAGCUGGGCCUUUUUCUGUUUCUUGUCUUUUAGUUACUACAAAAAACUGCCCACGCCCGAAUGCCCAUAUUUUCAUCAUCGAAUCGGUUCAAAACCCAUAAGCCCAUGAUGAAAAGUCGGAGCUUGGAGGUGGCAUUCUUGUUUCUGUGAUUUGUUCAGUGUUCUUGAUUGGUGAUGAAAAAGAAGAGAGCUGAAAUUGAGAUUUCUGGGCGAAUUUUGUUCAAUGGGAAGAGGUGCUGGUAUUAGCGUGCUUGCUGUGUCGGCAUCGGCGCCAAGGGUGGCCCCGCCGGCGGUGAGUGGUGUGGGCAGAGAGGAUCACUGGGGGAGCUUUGACAACUCCGUGAAUGCCGUGUCGUUUGGGUUCGUGGCCACCGCUAUCCUCAUCUCUAUGUUCCUUGUCAUGGCCAUUUUCGAGAGGUUUCUCCGGCCAAGAUCCCCGGAUGCCGCCGGUGGUGGCGGCCGUAUUCCAGCUGGCGGUGACGCAAACAUGAGAAAACUAGACGACCCUUCUCCCAAGAUGACCGUUUAUCCCAGAGGAGUCUCGGUGCUAAUGCCAGGAGAAAGCGUUCCUACUUUACUUGCACAUCCGGCGCCAGCGCCGUGCCCGCCGGACUCCGGCUCUCCACCUAAUGCUUCAUCAUUUUAACAUGUUUCAAGCUGGUCCAGCCUCAGCUUGCCCAACUCAUUGAUUAUGGAGAAGAAGAAAAUGGGAAGGAAGAAAAGAACAAAAAGACUUGGGGGAUUUUGUGAUUUUGAGGGAAUUUUGGUUAGAUCUAAGACUAUGGUGAGUUUGUGGACAUUUUUGCUUAUUGUACAUAUAAAUGUCUCAAGUUUAUAAAAUGUUUGAACUUUUAUAAAAUAUUGUAGACCAU